UGUGGUCCUGAGUGGUGUAUCUUACAGAGCUAGAGGGGCAGCUCUUUGACCAGUUCUGUGGAAUGGAGGGGAAGAAAUGAAAGCUGUAUCAGGACCGCUACAAGGAGGGUGAAGCCUCCGUGGAGAGGAAGAGGGUAGCAGGUUACUUGCAGCAUGGUAGGAAAAGGAGAGAAAGAGACAGGAAGAUUCAGGAUAUAUCUAAAUAAUGUUUCAACUUUUCCUGGAAAGAACACACACAGACUUCCAGAUCCCAUGCCGCGUUAUCUCCCCUCCCCCGCCUCACCUCCAUGUAGCCCUUCCUCUGCCCCCACUUUGCUUCCAUGCAGAACCACCCGCUUGCCUCUAUGUCUCCAUUCAGCUCUGCCUGCUCCCACCAUCUCCUCUCCUUGUGGCCUUGCAGCCUCAUAGCCCCACCCACUUCCACCACUUGGCCUUGCCUCCACAUGGCUCUGCCUGCUCCCAUCACCUCACCUUGCUACCCUGUGGCCUCACCUCCUCGUGCCACUCCCCCACCCACUGCCUCACCUCUUUAAGACCUGUUCUCCAUCCAGCCUUGCCCGCUCCCACCACCUCACCUCCUUAGGACCUUAAUCCUCAUGGCUCCAUCCACUUCUGCCACUUCACCUGACCUCUGUGUGACCUUGCCUCUACAGAGUCCCAACCGCUCCUGCCACCUCACCUUGCCUCUUUGUGACCUCACUUCCUCAUGGCCCUAUCCAUACCCACCACCUCGCCUUGCCUCCAUCUGGCCCCACCCACUAGCGCCAGCUCACCUCACCGCCACACAAUCUUUCCUCCAUGUGACUCCUCCCACUCCUGCUACCUUGUUUCCAUGUUCUGCAAACUAUGGAGAACUCUGACUGGAGGGGGAGCCACUCUAUGACUGAAGAAAUGGAACAGGAGCCGUACCCGAUGCACUCCAACCCCUUGCUCACACUGGGGAAAGAGCAGAACUGACAGACUUUCUGCCUGGACCACACAGCUUUAAAACAGAACAAAAAUAACAGAAAUGCAGGAGAAUUAAUCAUAUAGAAUUGAAAAUGAUUUCUCCACAUCAUAAACUUCCUCAGUGGAUGUCUGCACAGAGUAAAGACAAUGCUGUGGGUGACAAAAAGAAGUCUCUUGUUCAGAGGAGUGUUCUGGAAAAUGACCUGCCUAUCUUAGAGUUCCAUGGCUCUGUUGUUUACAGCUACGAUGCCAGCGACUGCUCCUUUCUGUCAGAAGAUAUCAGAAGAAACCUAUCUGGUGGAGAUGUGAUAGGAUUUGACAUUGAAUGGCCGCCAUCAUAUACUACAGGGAAAGUAGGGAAAGUCGCCCUAAUCCAAAUAUGUGUAUCGGAGAAAAAAUGCUACUUGUUUCACAUUUCUUCAAUGUCAGGUUUUCCCAAGGGACUCAAAAGAUUGCUUGAAGAUGAAGCCGUUAAAAAGGUUGGAGUAGGAAUUGAAGGAGAUCAGUGGAAGCUGAUGAGCGAUUUCGAAAUCAAACUGAAGAGCUUUGUAGAACUGGCUGAUGUCGCCAACGAAAAACUGAAGUGUAAGGAGAUGUGGAGUCUAAAUGGCCUGGUAAAACAUCUAUUCAGCAAGCAGCUUCUGAAGGACAAGUGUGUCCGCUGUAGUAACUGGGAGGAAUUUCCACUCAGCGAGGAGCAGAAGUUGUAUGCAGCCACUGACGCUUAUGCAGGCCUCCUCAUUUACCAAAAACUGCAAAAUAUGAAUAACUGUGAUCAGAGGCUCUGUAGUAUAAAAAACGAUGGGGAGAUGUUACCAAAUGAAGUCAAGAAGCAACUGUCCUCAUUAGCUGAAGAAAUGGUGGAGCUGGCUAAUGGUCUUCCCAGCACUUUUGGACAACUUAAAAAUAUGCAGAGAGCUGUAGAAAUAUUAAGUGGAGUAUCAGAAAGUAUAGGUGCCUUAAGAAACAUGUUGCUUGGUGAACCCAACUCUCAAGCAGAGCUGGGGAGCAGCUGUGUUGCAGCUCCAAUGAAAUCUGAAGUUGUGUCUACCAUUGUUGAAGAAGAAAAGGCCGAAACAUCUGAAUUUCCUACACGACUUCAAGAUGAUUUAAAUGAUGACAUUGAUGAUGAUAUGUUACUGAGUGUCAGUGAGGGAGACCUGACUGGUAGUGAAACGGAAUUUAGUAAGCCUGAGCAGAAAGAUGGAACUGCAGACAGAGGAUCUAAGGAGAAUACAGACAGAGACUGCUUAAUGUCACUGGACAUUACUGAAUAUGAACUUCAAAUGUUGGAACUUAAGGCCAAGGAAGAAAUUCUAAACGAAGCUGCCUUGCCUGAGGAACCAUAUUCCAGAGAGAAUGAACAAAAUCUUGGUUGUGUCAUUGAAAGUGAUGAAGAACUGGAAAUGGAGAUGCUUAAAUCUAUAGAAGAUGUAGAUAAUUCUAAAGUCAGUCGAACUGACUCUAUCUCCAUUGAAACCAAGAGAAUUGAUGGCACAAAAUUACACCUUUCUCCAGAUGAUGAUGAAGAUGAAGGCAUUGAGGAGGAGGAAGAGGAGAGUUGGGAUCCUUUGUUGCCUGUACCUAAUGAAAUAGAAGUCACGUGCUUAAAGACAUAUUUUGGGCAUUCUAGUUUUAAACCGGUCCAGUGGAAAGUGAUCUCUUCUGUGUUACAAGACAGAAGAGAUAAUCUCGUUGUCAUGGCAACUGGAUAUGGGAAGAGCUUGUGCUUCCAGUUUCCACCCAUUUACACAGGCGGUACAGGAAUAGUCAUCUCUCCUCUUAUUUCUUUGAUGGAGGACCAAGUGCUGCAGCUUGAAAUGUCAGGCAUUGCAGCUUGCUUGCUUGGAUCAGCUCAGUCAAGAAAUGUGAUAGGGGACAUCAGAGCGGGCCACUAUAGAGUUGUGUAUAUAACUCCGGAGUUCUGCUCGGGGAACUUAUCACUACUUCAGGAACUUGACCAAACCAUUGGUAUCACGCUGAUAGCGGUCGAUGAGGCUCAUUGUAUUUCAGAAUGGGGGCAUGACUUCAGAAAUUCAUUUAGGACUUUGGGUUCGUUAAAGCAAGUGCUCCCUUCGGUUCCUGUUGUUGCUUUAACUGCAACAGCGAGCCCUUCAGUUAGAGAAGAUAUAGUGCACUGUCUAAACCUAAAGAACCCUCAGGUCACAUGUACUAGUUUUGACCGACCUAACCUAUACUUAGAAGUUGGACGAAAAACUGGAGGUAUCCUUCAGGAUUUAAAACAGUUCCUUAUUAAAAAGAAAAGCUCUACAUAUGAGUUUGAAGGACCCACCAUCGUUUAUUGCCCAUCAAGGAAGACCACUGAACAAGUAGCUGCUGAGUUGAUGAAAUUAAACUUGUCCUGUGGCACAUACCAUGCUGGCAUGGGAAUCAAAGCAAGGAAAGAUGUUCAUCACAGGUUCAUGAGAGAUGAAAUUCAGUGCAUUGUGGCUACGGUGGCCUUUGGAAUGGGUAUCAAUAAAGCAGACAUCCGGAGAGUUAUUCAUUAUGGUGCCCCUAAGGAAAUGGAAUCCUACUACCAAGAAAUUGGAAGGGCUGGCCGUGAUGGUCUUCCUGCUUCUUGUUACGUAUUUUGGACUGCAGCUGAUAUGACUUUUAACAGAUAUCUUUUAAAUGAGAUACAUAAUGAAGAAUUCCGACAAUACAAAUUAAAGAUGGCGGCAAAGGUAGAGAAGUACCUUAACUCAAACAGCUGCAGGAGAAAAAUCAUCUUGUCUCAUUUUGAAGACAAACAACUCCGGAAGGCCUCCUCUGGCAUCAUGGGAACCGAAAAAUGCUGUGAUAAUUGCCGAUCCAGAACCUAUUGCUGCACCAUUAACAGUGACACAGAAGAGAGUUUGCAGGACUUCGGUCAGCAAGCGUACCAGCUGAUGUCUGCAGUGAAGGCCUUAGAUGAGAAGUUUGGAACUAGAGUUCCGGUUUUGUUUCUCCGAGGCUCUAAUUCCCAGCGUCUCCCAGACAAGUACCGAACUCACGCUCUCUUUGGUAGCGGAAAGGACUGGCCAGAGAAUUGGUGGAGGGCUUUGGGCCGACAGCUCAUCACUGAAGGUUUCCUUAAAGAAGUUUCUGGUCAAAGCAGAUUUGCAACUCUGUGUGAGCUUACUAAGAAGGGUAGAGACUGGCUCUGUAAAAAUAGGAGUGAGUUGUGUCGGACCCUUCUGCUACAGCCCAGUGAAGAACUAUAUCUAAGGAAACCUCACACCCAAAGCAAUAGACAGAUAACUUCGGUUGCAGGACCACAUUCACCAGAUACAAGGUCAAUAAAGCUGACACCGGAGAAACAGACAUAUUUGCAGGAAAUGUUUUCUUAUCAAGGAGCAAGUAAAAUUUCUGCAAGAGGCGGUGUCUCAAAUGAAAGUGACCUGGUGCAGUCACCAAUCAAACUGAAGUCCCCAGAACCUGCUGUUUCAUCCAGAGAGAAGGAACUGCACACUGUUCUAUAUGGCAAGCUGCUGGCAGCCAGACAGAAGCUAGCCAGUGAGAAGGAUAUUCCUCCGGCUGUGUUGGCAACAAAUAAAAUACUGGUGGACAUGGCCAAGAUAAGGCCUACGACUGUUGAAAAUGUGAAGAGAAUUGAUGGCGUAUCUGAAGCAAAAUCUGCCAUGUUGGUUCCUCUCCUGGAUGAUAUCAAGGAGUUUUGCCAUACAAAUAGUCUGGAGACAGACACAUUCCCUACUUGUGGAUCUAGGGAAAAGCAGCCAGCAGCCCUCCAGAAGAGAGGUGGGUGCAGCCCCCUUCCGCAGUCCCAGCUCAUAACACACAUGCUGUUCCAUGAGAAGAACCAGUCUUUGAAGAGUAUAAGUGAAAGCAGGUCUCUGCCUCUCUCUGUGGUUGGCUCUCAUUUAUCCCAAGCCUUGAAAGCGGGCUACCCAGUCGACUUAGAACGAGCGGGUCUGACUCCUGAAGUUCAGAAGGUUAUUACUGAUAUCAUCCAAAACCCUCCCAUCAACUCAGAUGUAACCAGAAUGACAGCGAUUAGAGCACUGGUCCCUGCGAAUAUCGAGCUGUACCUGAUCCGAAUGGCAAUUGCACUGCUGGAGAAAGGAUGUGGAAAUGGGCAGCUGGGCCAAGCGUGUGAUUCAGGCAAGAAAAGCCUCUCAGCUGAGUGUGAAGGGCUGCCGGCCAGCAUGGGGACAGCCCAGAAGAGCAAGGAAGGAACGUCAUGGAUGGAAACAGAGGGGAAUUCAGUGACGCCAACCACACACACAUACAAGUUUGUGUCCAGGGAAGGAGUGAAACAAGAUCAUCCACAUAUGGAUUCUUCACCUUGGCUUGUAAAGAGCAGCAAGAUGGACGACAAACAACCCUCAAAUGCAGAAUGGGAUGUACCAAGCCAUCAAACCUCCCUUCGUUUAGCCUCCUGGAAUCAGCCUCCCCUGGAUCCUGUUGAAGAGGAACUGUUCAGUGACUCCCAAUCAAAGACUCAGCCUGCAAAAAGGAAGUUACCAGAAUGGUUUGGAACUUCAAAGGGAACAGAUUCUUCCAUUACUACUGGCAAGAAAUCCAAAGUGGGAGCAAAAAAAGGUCUUUUUGGUUGAACUUGGAAAUAUCAACAACUUUCUCUUUUAAAGAAGCUCAGAGAGAGCAUAUAUAUAAGCAUUCUGGCUCUACUGGCAUUCAGAAGGGUGUUGCAAGCACUACAUUCAAGAUGGUUUAUUUUUAGUUUCCAGGACAACUAGCAUUCUGAAGGCCAUGUUCGUUUGUUCACAGUUGGAACCAUUACUGAGCUUGGGCUGGAACAACUUGUCAGUGUGUGGGGAGCAGCCACAUCAAGCAGCAAGAUCUUGAAUUCAAGUACAUAAAGAACUGACCCAAGGGUUCAGUUAGGUCAUAUUAA